GUCAUGAACACGGCUUUUUACUAACCUGCCACGUUAAUUAUCCUAGCGUGUUGCUUACAUUCUAACCUGCUACUAAAGUCACUACUGGUCUAGCUGUACUCAAUCUAAUUUAGAACCUAUGACCGUGCCUAGCUAGCGAACACCUGCUAGCUUCUCACACACAAGGAUAUUCUCUUCUAUCAAACUCCGUAUUGUUUCCUCACACUCCCCCAAUCUUCCCUUGAACUCAGAGCCUUCUUCUCCAACCUCCGUGAACCGAAUGUGAGUUGCAGUAGGCAUACUCUCUCCCAAUUGCUCAAAGAGUUCACUGUCACCAAAAUCUACCUCCGCCAUCUUCGCUCUUUCGCUUAACGUACUCCCGCAAGAGCGUUGAUUGGUUGUUUUAUGUCACAUGUUCAGGAUGUUUCCUUUCACCAGCAUUUCUCUUGUCGUCAUCAACAUUAAAGCAUGAGAGGACCUGCGGAAUAUUACAAAAAAGUUGUUCAAUUGCUGUAACUAACUUUCUGGUUUAUAAUGUCAACAUUCACAACUAUCCAGUUACCGCGUUGGGAUGGUGGCAAGCUGAAAGUUCGCUUCAUAUACUUGUCAAAUAGAAGCUCUUUCAAAGUGACGAGCUGUCCUAUCGAGGGAUCAAUGGUUCCUCUCUUUUUAGGGGCUGAUCUCUUCUCAAACACUGAUAUCCGCACAGAGAACCAUCCCAGAUAUCAUGCAAAGUUUGCAAAGAAAGGAUUGGCAACUAAACUAAAUUUCUCCUCAGCUUUUAGAUUCCAUGGACUGAGGGUACCCACUGCCAACAAUUGCAUGUGGUUCUACAGCAUCCAAGGUGUUUUUCGAGUGGCAUUUGAAAUGUAUAGUAAACAAGAGCAGCUCUCUGUGUUGGAGAACUUUCAGGAGAUAUGGAAGUCUCGCCUAAAUGACAUCCCACUAAAGAUGAACUACAACCUGAGUGUCCAGCUGGAUCCUCCACCACCCCAGAUUGUUGUGGAGAUGUAUGACCAAGACCUAAAGCUCAAACUGAUGUCCCAGAAUCCCCAAGUUUACCCAUCUCCAUCUGUGGAAAUCCCAGAGGCAGACACAGGCACUUCAGGUGACACUUCAGCAGACCACGAUUACUGCGUUCUGCCAAAUGAGAGUAUGUCAGCACAGCCAGUCCAUCUAUGUCCCUCCAUCUUAAAUCAAAAACUGCAGGGCUUGGAGGAAAAGCUGAGCUCUGAGAAACAGCUGGGGACCGACCAGCAGGAGACCAUACUGCUUCUGUUGGAGAGCAUUGAGCGCUGUGUGAGCAGGCCCCUGGAGGAGAGGGAUGUGGCGGACAUUGUACUAGCUCUGCUAGAGGCUCGGAAGUGGGGCUCUGUGUACUCCAGCCACCUGCUUCACUCUAUAGGCUGCUGGCUUGGCCAGCAGUUCCAUGAAGCCAACAGUAGUAUCAGCCAGCAGGUAGAGGGCUUCAAGGUGCGACACAUAGAGCGAAUCACAGAUCUGCCACCUGCAGAGGAACUGGCCUCAGAGCUUUUUCCAGAGGCCAUGCGAACACUGCUGCUCCACUGGAUGGGUCUGAGUGAUGACUCAACCCUGUGGAAGAGACAGAGUGAGUACCCCAUCCUGCUCCUAAUCCUGGAGUUUGCCAACCACAACCUCAUCACUGGUGUUGCACAUGUGCUUUACUCAAGUCUUAAGGUGAAUUUAGAUUAAGUACCGAAGAAAGUAAAACUACUGUUGUAAAAAAAACUACUCAAGUAAAAAUUACUGAAAAGUAAAUGAGUUACUUUUCAAAUUAAAACAUUGAUUUAAUUGAUAAUUAGCCAUUUUUUUUCCACCCAAACAUUGUUACCAUAGAGACCAUGUUGAAUUUCUAUUAUUAGUAUUCUAGUUCCUAAUUUGUUACACAUGAUCUUUUCCAUGCAAUUACUUUCAAAGAGGAAUUUAAUGUAAAAUCUCAUUAGAAAUGAGGUGUUGUUUUUGGUGUAACAGUAAUGUUAUAGGCCUACAUUUACAUUUACAUUUAAGUCAUUUAGCAGACGCUCUUAUCCAGAGCGACUUACUAUGCUAUGGUAUGUAUUAUAGUCGGUUCUGUUAUGUAAAAUGCAAAUGAUCAAUGUGAUCUUGCAAGACAUUGAUUCAGCUUUGAUCUAACAUUUCUAAAUGAGCACCAUUGUGAGAAGUGAUCUUGUAUUUGUAAUAAUAUGAGUAUGACUAUUAGGCAUAGGUAAUAGAUCUUUAUGAGAUGUAAUUUUAAGCAAUUGGAGCACCCUUCAUGGUGCUGAAAGUACAGCGCCAGGGUUGCACUGUUGGGGCAAAAUGGUUUUGUUAGUCUAAUGCCAUGUAAAUGCUUGAAUUGAAUAGUACUUUACACUAGUAAUUGUCCCUGCUUAUGGCUGAUUCCUGGAACAAGUUUUAUUCAAGCAAUUUACCCAGACAAAAAAAGUCCAUGAUUUGUGGGAUUUUCACAAAAUGUAGUCCAUAGAAUAGUUGACAUACAGUGCAUUCGGAAAGUAUUCAGACCCCUUGACUUUUUCCACAUUUUGUUACGAUAGAGCCUUAUUCUAAAAUUGACAAAGUCAAAACAGGUUUUUACACAUUUUUGUAAAGAAAAACCUCACGUUAACAUGUAAUCAGACCCUUUACUCAGUACUUUGUUGAAGCACCUUUGGAAGCGAUUACAGCCUCGAGUCUUCUUGGGUAUGAUGCUACAAGCUUGGCACACCUUUAUUUUGGGAGUUUCUCCCAUUCUUCUCUGCAGAUCCUCUCAAGCUCUGCCAGGUUGGAUGGGGAGCGUCGCUGCACAGCUAUUUUCAGGUCUCUCCAGAGAUGUUAGAUUGGGUUCAAGUCCGGGCUUUGGUUGGGCCACUCGGGGACAUUGAGACUUGACCCGAACCACUCCUCUGUCUUGGCUGUGUGCUUAGGGUCAUUGUCCUGUUGGAAGGUGAACCCUCGUCCUAGUCUGAGGUCCUGAGCGCUCCAGAGCAGGUUUUCAUCAAGGAUCUCUCUGUACAUUGCUCCGUUCAUUUUUCCCUCGAUCCUGACUAGUACCUCAGUCCCUGCUGCUGAAAAACAUUCCCACAGCAUGAUGCUGCCACCACCUUGCUUAACCUGGCACCAUCCCUAUGGUGUUCUCUAGACGUGACGUUUUUCAUUCAGGCCAAAAAGUUCAAUCAUGGUUUCAUCAGACCAGAGAAUGUUGUUUCACAUGGUCAGAGUCUUUAGAUGCCUUUUGGCAAACUCCAAGCGGGCUGUCAUACUUUUUUACUGAGGAAUGGCUUCUGUCUGGCCACUCAACCUUAAAGGCCUGAUUGGUGGAGUGCUGCAGAGAUGGUUGUCUUGGAAGGUUCUCCCAUCUCCACAGUGGAACUCGAGCUCUUGUCAGAUUGACCAUUUGGUUCUUGGUCACCUCCCUGACCAAGGCCCUUUUCCCCCGAUUGCUCAGUUUGGCAGAGCGGCCAGCUCUAGGAAGAGUCUUGGUGGUUCCAAACCUCUUCCAUUCAAGAAUGAUGGA